AUGGUUCUGGUUUCAUCCAAAACUCUCAUACAGGCACAUGCCGUGAUCCUCCUCGUGAUCGCCGGAUACCUGAUCAAGAACCCGGAGAUGAUCGUCGACUCCGACAUGGUGUUCAUGAUGGGUGAAGCAUUGAAGAUUGACUUUCCAUCCCUGUCAAGCCCGCACCAAUCCCCCUUCACAUUCUGCGCUCUGCUCCUCUUCGUCGAAUCGCUCAUCGACCUCGUCCUGUUAUCGAACAUCCCCUUCCAUGAAGCCCUCGACGAGGCCCUGCCCUACAUUCGACCCCUGCGAAAUGGCAAUCUACCCGCUGAGGACCUCCAGGUCCUUCAGAACCUGCCCGAGUACAUUACCAAGUCGUUGACCGUUUACUGGAGUGUCUGGAUUGGUGUUGCUGGGUGCAAAUUCGCUGUUUACGCGGGUCUUGCUUUCUUCAUCUACCAGGGUCGCGCGGAUGGUGUCGCGGCUUAUACUAGUGCUGCGGCUUUGGGUGGUUUGGAUCGUUUGAAGAACCGGGUGGUGUUCACUUUUGCUUUCCUGGAGAUGAUGUUUUGGUUCUGGUCUUUCUCUACUCUUCGUCAAGAACGUCAGGAACGCUUGACUAAGCUUUUGGAAGAUACUCGCGAUCUUUGA